AUGCCAGUGGAAAGCGAGCCCUUGGCUUCCGAGAGCAUGGAUUUCGUGUACGAGCACCCAGAUGACCCAGGUGGAGAGACGCGACUGGACAAAAACACUGGACAGCUACACCUUAAGGCUUCUCAGAAUGGGAAUCUCGAGCAGAUUGCCAUCUCCUUGGGCAUGGACGUGGCCGUUCGCCUGGAUGCCCUGGAGACGUACAUCGAGAACAAGAUCAAGGAGGACUGGAAGGCCAGCGCUUGUUUCAAGCAUUCCAACCUCUCAGCUUUGGCUUCAGCUCUAGGUGGAAGUUAG